GAGUCACGUGACUUUUGCCUAGAAAAAUGGCGGCCAGGACAUUGCGUACCUUCCACUCUAUUCUUCAGUUACCGUCCAAAAACUACAGGUAUGCUUCCUCCGCUGCUGCUCAACUAUCGUAUCAACAGUCUUUAUAUAAUGUUCCUAAGACAAAUGUUACAAGAUUGCCUAAUGGGCUAAGGGUUGCAUCCGAGAAUUCUGGUGGAAGCACAUGUACUGUGGGAUUAUGGAUUGAUGCUGGUAGUCGAUUCGAAACACCUGAGACUAAUGGAGUUGCUCAUUUUCUUGAACACAUGGCAUUUAAAGGAACUAAGAAUAGGUCUCAAACUCAUCUUGAACUUGAAGUUGAAAAUAUUGGUGCUCAUUUGAAUGCAUAUACAUCACGAGAACAGACUGUAUACUACGCCAAGUCACUUAGCAAAGAUUUGCCAACCGCUGUUGAUAUUUUGUCUGAUAUCAUAUUGAAUCCAGUCCUUGGAGAAAGAGAAAUUGAAAGAGAAAGAGAUGUCAUUCUUAGAGAAAUGCAAGAAGUAGAUCAGCAAGUGGAGGAAGUUAUAUUUGAUCAUGUUCACUCAAUUGCCUAUCAAGGUACACCCCUUGGUUAUACUAUAUUGGGUCCAACUGCAAACAUCAAGAAAAUUAACCGAAAUGAUCUUCUAAAUUACAUAUCAACACAUUACUCAGCAUCCCGUAUGGUUCUGGCUGCUGCUGGUGAUGUUAAUCAUGAUGAGCUAGUGAAACUUGCUGAGAAGUCAUUUAGUGCAGUGCCUGGUAGUCCUUCAACACUUCCUGAAGUUUCACCUUGCAGAUAUACAGGAAGUGAGAUGAGAUUUCGUGAUGAUGCCAUGCCAGCUGCUCAUAUUGUUCUGGCUGUUGAAGGUUGUGGUUGGGCUAAUCCUGAUUAUUUUCCACUUAUGAUAGCUAGCACUAUUAUCGGCAAUUGGGAUAGAUCUUUAAGUGGAGGAACUAACAUGGCAAGUAAAUUAGCUCAGAUCUGUGCUUCUGAAGGACUGGCUCAUAGUUUCAUGUCAUUUAACACCUGUUACACUGACACUGGAUUAUGGGGUAUAUAUAUGGUUACAGAUAGAAUGACUAUUGAUGAUCUUUUUUUUAAUCUUCAGAAUGAAUGGAUGAGGCUGUGUAACUCCAUUAGUGACUUUGAAGUGGAGAGGGCAAAAAAUACAUUUAAGACCAAUCUUUUCAUGUAUAUGGAUGGAUCUACACCUAUUUGUGAAGACAUAGGACGACAAAUGUUAACAUAUGGACGCCGAAUACCACUACCUGAACUUGACUAUCGCAUUGAACAAAUCAAUGCUAAAACUGUUAAAGAAGUCUGCACAAGAUAUAUAUCUGACAAGUGUCCUGUGGUAGUUGGAAUAGGACCAAUAGAGCAACUUCCAGAUUACAACCGUAUUCGUGGCAACAUGUACUGGAUUAGAGUAUAGACAUAACAAACAUAGAAAAGAGAAAUAAUUACAGUAGAAUUUGUCAUGUUAAGAGGCUACUUUUCAAUUUAAAAUUAA